AUGUCUUCUGCGCACGACUACAGCUUCAGUGAGAAAGAUGGCAUGCCUCCUCACAUGCUGGACGAAACCCCCAUCGCCCGGGGCGUCCGUACCCACUCCGACAGUGAUCGUAACCCUGACGAGGAGAACGCUGUGAGACGUGGUUCUACAUCACGCAAGCAUUCCGUCGUGGCAUCCAUCAAGGCUAACUAUGGUCUUGCCGAAGCACCAGAUUACCCUAGCAGCAUCAAAGUGGGAUAUGAUAGCACUCAUCGAAAAUUGAAGCCGAGACAUAUCCAACUCAUAGGAAUUGGUGGGACGAUUGGCACGGCGCUGUACGUGCAGAUCGGGAGAGGGUUGCUCAAUGGUGGGCCUGGGAGCUUGUUUCUGGCUUUUACGAUCUGGUGUACAUUCAUCCUCUGCGUCACGAACUGUAUGGCCGAGAUGGUCACCUAUCUCCCCAUUUCCUCGCCCUUCAUCCGCUUCGCAGGCCGCUAUGUCGAUGAAGCCUUUGGCGUUGCCGCGGGCUACAACUUCUUCGUCUUUGAAGCCAUGUUGGUCCCUUUUGAGAUCGUGGCGUGCAACGUCAUCAUCCACUUUUGGAGCGACAUCGUGCCCGCCGGGGGGAUCAUCGCAAUCGUGAUCGUCUGCUAUGCGCUGGUGAAUCUGUUUGCCGUGCAAUGGUACGGCGAGACGGAAUUUUGGCUCGCGCUGGGCAAAGUCCUCCUGAUUGUCGGGUUGAUCAUUUACACGUUCAUUGCCAUGCUGGGAGGAAAUCCCCUGGGUGAUCGAUUUGGCUUUCGGUAUUGGAACAACCCGGGCUCCUUCACGGAGCUCUACUACGGCGGCGCUCUAGGGAGAUUUUUGGGAUUCCUGCAGUGUCUGAUCCAGGCUUCCUUCACCAUCGCCGGACCGGACUACGUCUCGAUGGCGGCUGGCGAGGCUGAGAAUCCGCGCAAGGUGCUCCCCAAGGCCUUCAAGGCCGUCUUCUACCGGCUCACGGCCUUCUUCAUGCUCGGCUCGCUCUGCGUCGGCAUCCUCGUGCCGUACAAUGACACAGAGCUCACCGAGGCCUUUUCGACGGGGAAGCCCGGCGCCGCGGCGUCUCCGUACGUCGUGUCCAUGAACAGACUGCGCAUCCAGGUCCUCCCGCACAUCGUCAACGCCAUGGUUCUCGGCAGCGCGUUCUCUGCCGGCAACAGCUACGUCUACUGCGCCAGUCGCAGCCUGUUUGGGCUAGCGCUCGAAGGGAAAGCGCCCCGGAUCUUCACGCGCUGCACGAAGAACGGCGUGCCUGUGUACUGCGUGGCGCUCGUGCUGGCAAUCAGUCUGCUGAGCUUCCUGCAAGUCAGCAACGAUGCCGCCGUGGUGCUGAGUUGGUUCGUCAAUCUGGUAACGGCAUCACAACUGAUAAACUUCUCUGUCAUGGCCUUCACAUUCCUCAAAUUCAAGCGCGCUCUCGAGGCCCAGGGCAUCGACCGGUCCACACUUCCCUACAAGUCGUGGUGGCAGCCCUUCUCGGCCUACUACGCGCUGACGGGAUGCUUCAUCAUGACCUUUGUGGGCGGCUACACCGUGUUCCUCCCCGGGUUCUGGGAUGUGCCCAGUUUUCUGUUUAGCUAUACCAUGAUCGGCGUGUUUCCCGCCCUUUUCGUCUUCUGGAAGUGGUUCCGCAAGACGAAAUGGCUUGCACCACAUGAGGUCGACUUGCAACCCAAGGAAAUGGAUGAGAUUGCAGAGUAUGAGCGGAGUUAUACACCGCGCCCGCCGAGGUGA